AUGCCCACAGACACGAAUCUGGAGGAUAGCGUGCAGUCCGACGAAGAUGAUAGUUCCUGGCAAGACGUGUUUCGUACAUCUAAGGAGUAUAAGGCACUAAUAAAGAAUUUUGACAACUAUCACACGGUAGAUUGGGCAAAUGAAACAUAUAUAGAGAACAGAGAUUACUAUAGAGAGCUCUUAAAGUCUCACCAGGGUAAUAUAGAAGAGGGACAAAGCCUCAUAUCAAGGUUCAGAGGUGGAACUGGAACACACCAAUCUGAUGUACACAGUGACUAUCAGAGCGGCUAUAAUUCAGAGUAUGAUAAUGAAUUGGACGAUGACCGGAAUGAUGGUGGCUCGUCAUUUGCCAACCAAGAGGACAUUAAUGAAGCAAUCACGACAAGCAGCUCUAGAAUUGAAGGUGAUUCACUACAACACGGAUCCAGAUUCAGGUAUUUUUCUCUUGGUCGGCAAGGAAGAUCUUCGGAACGAAAUGAUAACAGAAAAAGUAUAAACGCUCGCAUAAUGCGCCAGAUAAAACGUCAGGUGAGUCGAAUCCAGAUUGUGAAGAGUAGAUUGUGGAUUACAUUUCAGGUGUGGCUUGCACUUACCAUUAUCGGAGGUCUGGUCGGCUUUAUCGCUGGAUGCCUUAACAUUAUCACGGAGUGGCUCGGAGACCUUAAAGAGGGAUACUGCUCGGCGGGAUUUUACCUUAACAAGAGCUUUUGUUGCUGGGGAGAAGCAGCAGGCCAAUGCUCGAGCUGGGUUCCAUGGUCUUCGAUGUUUGUUGUUCGUUAUAUAGUGUACAUUAUAUUUUCUGUGCUUUUCGGAACCAUUGCUGCAAUUUUGUGCAAAUACUAUGCACCCACAGCUGCGGGAUCCGGAAUAUCCGAGGUCAAGUGUAUAGUCUCUGGCUUUGUUACAGACAAGGUGCUUGGAUGGCCAACUUUAUUCAUAAAGAGCAUUGGUCUACCGUUGGUGAUAGCAUCUGGCCUUAAUGUGGGCAAGGAAGGACCAAGUGUCCACUAUGCUGCUUGCGUCGGCAAUGUUAUUUCGAAACUUUUCAGCAAUUUCGAACGCUCGUUUGUUCACCAGUCUCAGUUUCUUACUGCUGCAUCUGCAUCUGGUGUUGCUGUGGCCUUUGCAUCUCCAAUUGGAGGUGUGCUUUUCUCAAUUGAGGAGAUCACCUCAAACUUCAAGCUUUCAACUUUGUGGGAGAGCUAUUAUUGUGCCCUAGUUGCCACAGGCGUUCUUUCUGUAAUGAAUUCUUUCAGAACCGGGCAGAUUGUCGUUUUCCAGGUUUCGUACGAUACCACGUGGAGGUAUUUUGAGAUUCCAUUCUUUAUUAUUUUAGGAAUAUUUGGAGGUGUCUACGGAAUAGUUAUCUCCAAGUUCAAUAUCAAAUGGGUUGCUUUUAGAAACAAGUAUCUGAAGAAAUAUCCCGUCACUGAAGUGGCUAUACUAUGCUUGCUAACAGCUGCCGUCGGAUAUUUCAGUGAGUUCAUUCGACUGGAUAUGACUGAAGGUAUGGGAAUUCUUUUCCAUGAAUGCCACAACAACAAUGGAGGAGAUGAUGGUGUUACGGGGUUUUUUGAAAACGAGAUUUGCCGGGCGGCCUUGAACAAGAACACCUUAAUUCGUACUAUUGUGAGUCUCUUGUUCUCCACCGCGCUUAGAAUGAUUUUUGUCAUAAUCUCGUACAACAGCAAAGUGCCGUGUGGCAUUUUUGUUCCUUCCAUGGCUGCAGGGGCAACAUUCGGAAAAGCAAUAGGGCUUAUAUCCGAAGCGAUUUUCAAUGAUCCUGAACAAUGCCUAGCAGGUAAAAGAAAUUGUAUAAUUUCUGGUACAUAUGCCUUUCUAGGAGCAGCUGCAGGAUUGUGUGGAAUAACAAACCUCACUCUGGCAGUGGUCAUUAUUAUGUUUGAGCUCACUGGUGCGUUAAACUACAUCGUUCCAACAAUGAUUAUAGUUACCGUAACCAAAAUAGUGGGUGAUCAUUUUGGAAUCGGCAUGGGAGGGGUGUGUGACCAGAUGGUUCGUUUUAAUGGAAUACCAUUUUUGGAUGUCAAGGAAGAACACAACUAUGGCGAUCACACAAUAAGUGAUGUGAUGACUAUGGAUGUGGUGGCAUUGCCAUAUAAGAAUUUAAAAUUCUCACAAUUGGAUAUACUAUUGAAAGAGACAAGGUUCAGUGUAUUUCCUAUUAUUGAGUCGGUUGCCAGUAGGGCUGUUGUGGGUGUGACAACUAAGAGAAAUCUAAUCAGUGCUUGUAAGGCGGCAAAAAGAGAAGCAAGCAAAAAAGCACACGCUGCUCUUUCUGCUAAUGCACAUGCUGUUGGAAGCAGCAACGGAGCAGAUCACCGUGCCAGCACGAUCAGCACAGAUGCCAUUUAUGAUCUAGGAAGCAAAAACGUGAGGUUUGUGUCAGAUGAAAAGGUGACUAACAUUACAGGUAUAAGACAUGAUAACGAUAAUGAUGAUGAGGCGGACGGAGGGGAAUAUCUCGAAGAGAAUGAAAUAAACUUGGAAGACUACAUGCUUCCGGAGAGCUUCAGUAUUGACGUGAAGUCAUCUCUACAUUUUGCAUUCGAUAUCUUUGCGAAAUUAGGACCACAGGUUAUAAUUGUCGAAGAUGAAGGCAAGUUGGCCGGUUUAGUCACUAGGAAGGAUUUGGCAAAGUUUGAGCUUUAUUUGCACUAUUCGGAACAUGGAAACGUGUUCAUAAGUCCGCAGGAUGAGAUAAUUUUUGAGAAGAUUUGGCAGCUGGGUUCAGGGAUUCGAGAUGUAUUUAAGAAUAUUAUCAGCAAACUGCUGUGCUUCAAGAAAAGGCGCCAAAAUUUCAACAGAUCUGGAAUUGAAAUCGAUGUAAUGCCAGAUCAACAAUAA